CCCAUGCUUUCCUUUUCACAACUGAGUGCCCAAUUUGUAGUUGGACUUCUCCUUGCUUGUUAUUCUUCUAGCAUGAUUCUUGCAAUCCUGGUUUCCUACUGGCUCAUCUUAUUAAUUUAACACUUCUCUGUUGUCUUUCUCUCCUCUCAAUAAGUAGACACACUAUCUUUGCUUAAGACAUGGCUAAACUCAAGUGAAAACUUCUUGUGUAUGGAUAGAACUGAGGUUGGAGGCAACAUUCAAAUAAUCAAGGCAUACGUGACCUUUGUAGGGAAGUCAGUAACUUAUUCUUCCACCUCAGCCAUGUGCCCAUCUUUCCUAUUUUCACUUCUUUAGUCUUUGCAGUAGCUGCAUUUUGACAAUAAAUAAUAUAUCUCAACUUCCACAUAAGAAAAGUGGUAUGACUGCAUGGGUUGGUGUUCAGGUCCUUUAUACAAAGAAAUGUUUUAGAAAUCAAGAAUUAUUGGUAGCUGAAUACUGACAACGUUUUUUUAGGUCUCUUCCUAUCUGUCAGGAAGUUAGCUGCCUUUUAUAAUGUAUAUUAGGCCAUCUAAUUUAAGAACAGAGUCUGCUUUGCAGUCAAAUGGACAUAAUUUAGUUAUUUUUAGAAAGUAAAUAAAUUCUGAGACCAGGCUUGGAGAUGUUUUCAAUGACAGACAAACAUGAUGAAGUAACAAGUGAAGUACUUGGCAAACUUGAAUUCAUUAUGUGUUCAGAAGAUAAAAUGACUACAGUACUUCUAUUUCCAGCCAUUUAAUGGUUUAUAGAUGACCUUUGACUUGGAUAGGGCUGGGAUAUCAAUGUUGUAAAUUUGAAACUGAAAACACACCUCUCAAACCUGGAUAAUUACAUUGACUGGAUACUGUGAGCAAACCCUUCUCUUGUUCUUGUGUCCUCAUGCUCUGGGCUUAAGUGCAUUUUGUCUAUUGGCUGAGAAGAGUCUGCCUGUGGGUUGCAGUUUUGUAUUUCUGCAUUUCAAUGUAUAAAGUUUCAAGCAUUUUGUUACCCUGACGUGGUAUCUCAGAUUAAUCAAUAUAAUACACGCCUUCAUUGCUAUCACUUCAGCAGACAGAGCUUGUAAUGAAUGUAGUGGAAGCCUACACUUGCAGGAUGAUUUCACUUUCUGUAGGGGAAAAAGAAGAUGAACAGAUAGUUGCAGAAAUCAUGGGGAGGCGUUUUUUUCCUGAUCAUACAGCUUAUAAGACCUGGGAAGGCUUUCACUUUGCUGGCCAUGAGAUAAGAAUUACAGAAGCCACUGAUUGUUAUGGGGCAGUCGUCUGGCCGUCGGCUCUUGUUCUGUGUUAUUUUUUGGAAACUAACUCUAAACAAUGCAAUUUGGUUGACAAAAAUGUGAUUGAAAUUGGAGCUGGAACUGGCUUGGUCUCCAUAGUAGCCAGUUUGCUGGGUGCCUUUGUGACUGCCACAGAUUUGCCAGAACUGCUGGGAAACCUUCAGUACAACAUUCUCCAAAAUACAAAGCAGAAAUGCAAACACCAGCCUUGUGUUAAGGAGUUGUCUUGGGGAAUUGAUCUGGAAAAGAACUUCCCUAGGUCUUCCUGUCACUUUGACUACAUUAUGGCUGCUGACGUAGUUUACUACCAUCCAUUCUUGGAUGAACUCCUCCUAACUUUUGAUCACUUGUGCAAGAAUGAUACUGUUAUUCUGUGGGCCAUGAAAUUUAGGCUGGAGAAUGAGAACAGAUUUGUGGACAGAUUUCAGACACUGUUUGACUUAGAGAUGAUUUCUAAUUUUCCCAGUUUGAACAUAGCCUUGUAUAAAGCAAUGAGGAAAGGCAGGAUGAAAACCAGACCUUCCAAACAGAAGGUCUGAAAGAGAGAUAUAGGGAGGUGACAGUUGUAGCUUUUUAUCUCUUUAAUAAUUUCCAUUAUAGUAGCUGCUGACACUUACAUGAAUGACAUUUCUAGAGACAGGUAAAACAAAUCAUCAAAUUCCUAGUGCAUUCCUAUAAAUUCUUAAAUUCAAUUUGCCAAUUGUGAUAUACACAGAAAAGAUAUAUCUGUGACAUUAUCUUGACUUUUAUGUGCUAAGCUGACAACUCUAAUAACUUUUACAAGUCUUACCAUGAUUGUUAUGGGUCAUAUAAUAAAUAUUUCCAGAAGUUUUCAUUUACAGCUUUGAACAGUCUCUUAUAAGUUUGAACAAUUAUUUAAAACUUUAGACUAUAAAUCUUUGUAUCUACAAGUUUUGGUGUUAAAUCUAAUAUUUCCCCAUUUUUACUAUAAUUUUAAUCCUUCAUUUGAAUACUCUUAAUAGGACAUUAAAUUAGCUGAAAAAACCUCACCACCUGGAAAACACAUUUUGUGAUAAAGGGAUAGAAUAUAUUAAUUAAUCUUAACGUAAUGAUUAUGCUUUAAUUUUUUACUUUAAAUUUAGGGAUUCUUCAACACAGAGAGCAUAUGAGGCAAGAGGGAUUUAAAUGUUUUAUUGCUUGAACAAAGGUCUUGUAUUGGAAGUGUACAACAACCAGCUGCCCUUUACAAUGACUUUUAAUUCUUGGUCUGGAGCUCUGCUCCUCCAAAAAUAGACGGUUAUCUGAACCUGAGUGAGCAACAAUGGAAAAAGGACAGCAGCCAUCAAGAAAGGAGCUUUGCACUGCUGGCUGCUGGUGGCUGGAGGCAGAAAACCAGCCUGUCACGGUGUGGCUGAGGCAUGGAUAGACUUAGAGAUUUGUUUGUUUUUUUAGUAUGGGCAAACAAAAAACUUUCCUCCUAACCACUCAGUACUGCAUGCUCCUGUUUUCAGUGGCCUACCUGAGAGUUUUCUUUUGGGUAGGUUAAUAAAAUUUUUCUUUCCACACACCAUAUUUUCUGAUUCUGUUUGUAGUUGAUUUUGAGGCCUUCAAGUCUCUUUCAGGCUAGAGAAGAGAGCUUUAUCACCGCUCCUGUAGCAGGCAACUGCCCUAGUAAUGUGGAGGCUCUGGGGACUGUCAGUCUUUAUCUUUUAACUCCUAUUUGUAUUCUCUCAGGGGUUUUUUAUUUUUUGUUGUUGACUUCUUGAACAUGCUAUUGUUUUUAUCUUUGAUUGUGGCAGAUGCAUGCUACUUAUUUACUCUGGCACAAGUCUGGGGCAGAACUGUGGUAAAUGUGAUGUGGAAUGCACUUUUUGUCCCAGCUGAACAUUGGGGCCCAGUGUUAGAGGCGAAGAAGUGCAGAGAGGAGAGGCUGAUCUGCCAAACUUUUCCAGUGGGAGCUGGAUUUCCUAGAGCAUCCUUGGUGAAACACAAAGGGUGACCCUAGGAUAAAACUAAAGCAAUCAGUAGCAUGUCUUAGCCCAGAAGCAAAAUGAAAAGAAAGAGAGUGAAGUCUAUUUUUUACCACUCCUGCUGAGAAAUCACAUGUGAGAUUUUGUCUUGGAGUUUAUUAGAGAAAAAUCUAACCCUCAUCAGUAAAUUUCCUGUGACAAAAUUUGUAGAGGUAGAAUCCUUUAUUGGAUCAAUCAGUAUAGCUAGAAAAUUAAACUCUAUACAAGCUGACAGGGAGUGUUACACCUCCUUACAGAAGUUACUGCGCCUAUGCCCUUGGAUAAUUACAGCUGUAGAAAAACAGACUGCAGAAUGGAAAUAUUUGGAAAUAAUUUUCUUUCUCCAUUGUGUAAUAGAAAUAGUUUAGUGUAAGCAAAUAAAGAAACAAUCAGGGA